UAAAGUCAUUUUAAGGGGCUUGAAAUGUAAUGCAGUACCUUUUCACUUAAAUGGACCCCAGAGUGGUUUGCAAGCUUAGCUUGUGACUUCUUAAAGAGUAUCUCCCUAUACAUAGAAAGGGGUGGGAGUUAAAAUGCCACCCUUUCACUCAAGAGAUGAUUGAUUAGCAUGUGUCUAAUACCCAAUCCAGGCUAACAAGUAAAAGGGGCCAAGCCUUGGUUUUUCUACCACUGAUUACUCUAAUAAGAAAGAACUGGACCCUGUGGGUAUAGAGUUCCUGUGUGUCUCAAAUGUGUCUCUUAAAAGAUCACUUCAAGGCAAGAAGAGGAUACGUUUCUGAAAACUGAAGGGGAAACCUAAACCAAGAAUUUGCCAUAGAAGCUCAUUCCAGAAGGAAUAUGUCAUCACUGAAAUUGUUCAAAGAUCAGAAAUAUCACACGCUCAAGCAGCAGUGUCUCAAACAAAGGAACCUCUUUGAAGAUCCCGAGUUUCCAGCAUCAGACGAAUCCCUAUUCUAUGAGAGACAUCUGCCUGGGAGAGUGGAGUGGAAACGACCAAAGGAACUCUGCGAAGAUCCCCAUCUGUUUGUGAAUGGCAUCAGCUCCCAUGACUUACUCCAAGGGACACUGGGAAACUGCUGGUUUGUGGCAGCUUGCUCCUGUUUGGCUCUUUGGGAGAAUCUGUGGCAAAAGGUGAUUCCAAGCUUUAAGGAACAAGAAUGGGAUCCAAAGAGGCCAGAGAAAUAUGCAGGGAUAUUCCACUUCCGGUUUUGGUGUUUUGGAGAGUGGACCGAUGUGGUCAUAGAUGACCGGUUGCCAACAGUGAAUGGAGAGCUGAUCUACUGCCACUCCAAUGUGGAGAAUGAAUUCUGGAGUGCCUUGCUGGAGAAAGCUUAUGCAAAGCUGGCUGGGUCUUACGAAGCCCUGGAUGGGGGCAGCGCUGCAGAUGCCCUUGUCGAUUUUACCGGGGCCAUGGCAGAAUCCAUUGACAUGGUACAAGGAAAAUAUGGCAUGAAUAUUUCUGAGCAAAUGAAGCUGCUUAAUGACUUAAUGAAAGUACAUGAAAGAGGCGGGUUAAUCAGCUGUUAUAUCUCGACUUCAUCCACCAAUGACCGGGAGGCAGAAACUGAGAGUGGCCUGAUCAUUGGCCAUGCCUACUCGGUGACAGCCAUUCGGAAGGUGCGCCUAGGAAAGAGGUUUAGAUGCUUUUCCAAGUCAGAGAAGCUGUUCAUGAUCAGACUGAGGAACCCAUGGGGCAGGAGGGAGUGGCACGGAGCCUGGAGUGACAGUUCUGAAGAGUGGAAGAAAGUCAGUGAAUCGGAGCGUAAGAGAUUGGGACUCACCAUUAGAAAUGAUGGAGAGUUCUGGAUGACAUUUGAGGACUGGUGCAAGAACUUCACGGAUGUUGACGUGUGCCGGAUUAUGAACACUUCCUACUUUAGUAUCCACAAGACUUGGAAAAGGAGAAUGGUGCGUGGGGCUUGGACAAAGAAUUCAGAACCACUGCUAAACCGCUCCGGAGGAUGCUUCGAUAACAAAGCCACCUUCCUACAAAACCCCCAGUAUGUCUUCGAUAUCAAGAAGGCUGAGGACAAAGUGCUGGUCUCACUGCAGCAACAGGACCGGCGCAUGUACAAGAAGAUUGGGAAAGGGGACAACUUCUCGACUGGCUUUGAAAUCUUCAAGGUGGAGGACAACAGAGAAUACCGAAUCCACACACUGACAAUACAAGAGAGAGUGGCAACAUCCACAUACAUCAACACACGCACCGUGUUCCUAAAGAAGCUCCUUCAGAAAGGCCGCUAUGUCCUCAUUCCAACGACGUUCCUUCCUGGUGUUGUUUCUCAGUUCAUUUUGAGGCUCUUUACAGAUGAACCAUCAAAACUUAGAGAGCUGAAGUCAGAUAAGCCUACAUGGACACGCUGGAGCCUCUUAUGUGGUUACCCUCGCAGGGUUACCCAAAUUAAAAUUCACUCUGCAGAGGGCCUACAAAAGCAAGACAGAUCCGGUGGAGCAGACCCUUACCUGACCAUUAAAUGUGAGAAUCAGAAAGUUCGCUCUGCUGUCCAGCAAGACACUGUCAAUGCCAUUUUUGACACUCAAGCAGUUUUCUACAGAAAGAACAUUGACCGUCCCAUUACUGUCCAGGUCUGGAACAGCAACAUCUUGUGUGACCAGUUCCUUGGACAAGUGCUGCUGGCAGCAUCGCCCAGUGACCCCAGAGAACAGCAGACUCUGCGGCUCCAAGGGAAAGGCGGCAGCGAAGCAGACGAAAUGCCGGGUCACAUCACCGUCAAGGUUGUUUCCAGCGAUGACUUUAUGGAGCUAUGAAUACCAAAGCCCUGUGGACCCAGACAAAGCUGUCACCUCGCGGCUGGGGGCCUUGUCUGUGCUUUCAGUGUGAGUGACUUGGGAGCAAAGAUUGCACAAAACCAUAAAUCAUUUUAAAAGAAAAGCCCCUUUGUUCCCCAUCUUAGCACAGCUAUAAGCGGGAGAGGCUUUUAUACAGAAAGAAAAUAUAUCAUGCAGCAACUAUAGUAGUAGGGGGCAACACUAAUUCAGUGACCAAGCUCAUUACAAACCACCACACUAUCUGUCCUUCCCAGAUAUUUGGUGCAUCGUACUAUAUCAUGGCACAUCAUAUUACAGCAUAUCUGACUACUCUUGGAGGGCUUCAGUGCAAUGUGUUUCUUAUGUUAUAUUUUUUUAUGGCAAUGAGAGUGGAGCCAGACAGGAAAGAAGCUAAUUUCAAUGGUGACACCUGGAAGGGUAAGGGGCAAAGGUGGCAUCCUGGGCCCAAAUGCUUGUCCACUAUUGGAGACGUUUAAUAGCAUGGUUUUCAUUUAUGAGGCGAAUUGUUCUGGUCUUAAGUGAGUUGAAACUGGCUUCCUUUUAUAUAAUGCUACAAUUGCUCUUAUUAAUGGUACUCUUAUUAUGUGACUGUCUCCAGUGAAAUGUCACUGCUCGAGGAAUCAGAGCACUUAUUUUGCAUAGGCCUAGGAAACCCUGCAGAAGAGGAAUCCCAGUGGUCAAAUGGCAGUAGGACUAAAUGGUUGAGCAGUGUUACUAGUGUGAGUUUUGCCUGGGUAAAGACUACUGGACUUGCCCUCAUAGUCUUUCUUCCUGAGCCAGCCAGCAAGCUGAGGUCUCUGACCAUGAGAAGGCACCUACAAAUCCAACGAUGACUUUGACCUGGUAGAAACUCAGUAAGAAGAGUCUCUAGUCGCAAGAGCCUCUCUGAAUAGCAGUUUGAUACGUAAGACACUUUCCCAAAGGGCUAUCCUUGUUGUUAACCAUUCCCUUCAUGACUCUUGUACUGCUGAGCAUGGUACCAAGGAUUCACUGCAGGAGGACACAGCCCUCCUGGGGUGGGUAUGGAAGGUAGAGCUGUAGUAGGCUAGUUUUGGGGUUUUUUUUUUUUAAAUCACACCCAAUUUUGUGUGAGGGACUAAUAGCCUUUAACCAGCUGUAUCAUAGGGCUAAGUUCUCCCACAGAGUCGGCCAAGAUAGAAGCUUCCUUCCAGCCUUUGCAGGUAGCCUACUAGUUAGGUUUUGCUUGAACAGAAAGCACCUGUGCCGUUGAGCGAGGUAGCGGAUUCUAGGUGUAAAAUCAAUUCAUAAUGAGCUCCAGGCCCUUCACUGUUCGCCUGUUCAUUGUUAGCGUUGCAAAUUCUGCUCUUGGGUUUCAGCUUUCAGCUUUGUGUUGAGACAACGGCUGAAUCCUGGGAAAAGCUGCAUUUUCACUCAUGCGGAAGUGACUCCAGGCAUCUUGUGAAUUUUUUUCUAGUGGGUGAAAUGCUUUAGGGCAGAAUUACAUGAAUAUUUCUGGAAAAUAUUGUGAAGAUUUGUUCUGCAGCUUGAAACACCCCACUGGCCCUGUGUGAAAAUGAGAUGAGCGGUGUCCUGAGGCGGGGAGGGAACACACAAAUGAAUGUGCCGCUGUGCUAGUUGACUGCCAUUGGCUUGGUUUCAUGUGUCAAAUCUUCAUAUCCAGCGAUAGCCCUGAAAAGGCUUGUGACAAACCAGUUUCACAUUAUGCCAGUAUAUGCAUGCAUUUUGCAUAAUUUGCAUAAUUGUACUCUGCAAGUUGAAGAGUUUCUGGAUAUUCUUUUGGGUGAGGGAAGUAUGCAUCUGCAGGAGUGUAAAGGUUCAGCUUUCCCAGACAGCUCAGGCCCUGGACAAGCAAGAAUGCUUUUAAAGGCCAGGUACAAACAUCACAAAGCCUCUGGGUUCUGCUUGAGUAGCUGCUGGCAAUUACCAGGCCUGAGUCUCUUUGCCCGCUAUUUUGACACCCUCGUAACUCCGGUGUCUGCAGUGGAGUUACUCCAGACCUGCAGCAAUACAAGCCAGCAAGAGACUUGCGCUCUUCAGGUGCACAAUAAUUACGCAAGGUCCCAGAUUUUAAAACAAGACAUCUUUCUGAAGUCUCACCAGCUGGCAGGGAGGGAUGCUCAGGGUGGAGCCUUGCGAAACCAGCAAAGCCUCCACUGCAUGAGCUCCAGGAGGGCCCAGAAAACAGAUGUUUAAAAUGGAGCAGAUAAUAAAAGCUGCUCCUGUGGACUGGAUCGUAUGCUAGUCAGCAGAACUGUCCCCUCAGAGGUGCGCCGCUCUGAAGUGGGGUAUGGCCCCCAGGUAGUCAUGUAUCCAUUUGUUGGCAGAAGCCCUUUACCUUUUGCAAACUAAAAGAAACAUGGGCUGCAACAGCUCCUGUGUGCUUGCCUAAAAAAGGCACAAAGCAGCCCAACUUUCUUGUAAAGGUGCUAGAAACUGCAAAAAUUACAAUCCCAGAGAUCCAGGUCUCUACCCUGUGGUGUGCAGCUAUGCUGGCCUGACAAGAAGGAGCGGUAGGGAGGGCUCGACUAAGGUCAUCGAAGCUGGGGGUGGUUCUGUGGUCUCAUUCCCUUCUUGCAAGGCUCUCCCACAGAAACAGAGAUAAGUGUUGACUUACUGAUACUAAUAACUGGUAAAUUCAGACAGUGGAGAGGGAGCAUUGCCUUGGGCAUGCUUCCAGCACAACACCAUUGCCUGGCAUGUAUGAAGGAGUUGGGCAUUUUAUGAUCAAUAGGAUUAUCUGUGGUUCUGCAUUAAUUAGUGUUUGGAAAUGAGAUGUCAGUGUAACAACAGCCUGGGCAGCAUUUGCCUAUUAGCAGGUGUUAAUGCAAGCUGGGGAAUGCCCAGUGGGGUGUGUGACUCACGGAGGCAGCUGACUGCCUUGUUACCCUACCCAACCAUAUGGAAGAUGGAAACAGGCCCUGGUAGGGGGAAGAAGCCGGACUUAGCUGGGUGUUGUCUGCUCCUGAAGCCAGACCCCAGGAAGAAGAUGAGGUUGGACCAGUAGGGCUGAAAUGGCAUCUUCUCAUGGCACUAUGCAUCUUCUUGUGUCUAUGAGGCUAGGGUAAGCAAUGGGUUUCCGCUUAUAAGAGAAACAUCAUGCAUCAAAGGUAUGGGCAUCUCUACAGAACACAAGAGUGUAGAAAAAGUAAGUGUAGUAUCAAGCAAGAAAGAUUUUUUUGAGAAGAGACAAAAUGUUUGGCAAUCCUGCCAGUGGAAAGGCCUCAGGAAGCUGAAUGGGUUUGUUCCGACUUUUUUAGAGCGAGACUUUUUUUCGUUUCCGUACGUUCAUGCCCUCUGUAGGAAGGCAAUGGCUGAGCAAUGCAGAAACAGAGAGAGGCCAAGCCAGGCUGUAGAUGCACUCCUAGGCCUCCCUGUGCUGGGUCUGUUAAAGUGUUCAGUGCUGCCAGUUUGCAAACACUCCUGCGUAACCUUUUCUUUGCCUUCAUUUGUACCCUGCAAGUGAAUUAGACAAGUGGUUACCGCAUCUUUGGCCCAAGUGCCACUGUAUCUUGGAUUGGGUGAACAAAAUCCACACCCAGCCUCACUGGGGCUUUGCUGAUGUGAUCUCUGCCCCUUCUCUUUUGUGAAGCUCCCUUCCCUCCCCCUCAGUCUUCUCAUCUACAGACACAAUUACAGCACAGAAAAUGCCCAGUUUCCCUCCCCUCAGCCAAGCGUAGGCCGAUGCUGAUUUAUGGCUCCCUGGCUCACAGGACCAGUCAUCUCCAAGGAGAAUAAUAGAUUGAAUUUGCUGAGCACAAGGCACAGUAAUGUGUCCAGAGUUGGAAAGGAACCACUUUGCUUGGGCUUUAGUUGUUUGUCUCAAUUAAAUCCUAAUGGUUUCAACAUAUCCCAUUCUCCAGCAUAGGCGUGGUAGACAUAGCUUUGCUGUAACACAGCUCUCCCUGCCCUAAAAGACACAUUUUCAUUGGGAAAUGCAGAAGGGAGGAGGACAAGACUUCUGUGUGCUAACAGGAGGUGUCUGGGAGCUAAAUAUCACAAGCAGUGCUCACCGUCUGUUAAAUAUUGUGACCGUCUCUCAGCUCCUUGGGGAAAAUGGAUCAGAUCGACAGCAAGUUAGCACAGCUCCAUCACCUUCGAUGUAGAUUUGCACAGCAGAAGACAUAGCCUGAUAGAGUCCCCUGCAUUUUCAAAGUCAGCACUAUAACUAUUAUGCCAUUAUAGCAAUUGCCACUAUAGCGUGAGGAAGCAUUUUGUGGGGCUUCAUAGUUCCUCCCUCAGCACGGUUUUUCUCCUGGCAUUGCGCUGGUGCAGGAGCACAGGCACGGUACUCUCGUCCACUGCUCCCCGCUGCGUCUGAGGCUGGAUACUUCAGAUGGAGGAGCAAAUAUCCCCAUAUCCACUGAGGGCCUGAUUCACUGCAUAUGCUGACUUUAAUCAAGAGAAAGACGCCCCACAGCUCUGUGAGAAGGCUCAGGGCCACAUCCUUCGCUGAUGCAUUGUAGCUACAUCAAUUAAAUAGCUGGAGCUUGUGUACUACUUUGGCAGUACUAAGGCAGUAUGUGGUGCUCCCUGACCCCACCUGGAAAACAGCUUCUUGCGGGAAGCAUGUGAAUUGAGAGUGCUCAUCUUAUUUUCACUGAGUGAGUCGCACCCCCUGCCCCCUUUCCUGCUCUUGUGUUACAGACACAAGUGCUUCCCGAUGGGCGCCCUGGGUUCAUUAAGUGUAUUACCAGCAACUCUUCUCCUAAGUCUGGAGAAAAGCCCAGUUCUCUAUACUGCCCCAGUGCUGGUAAGGUGUCCCUCACAAGAAGGUCUGUUCCCACAAAUGCAGACACUCAUGACAACACACUGCACCUGCUUGAAUCAAGCCUUGAUUCUCAAAUAGGCUUCCUUUCCACCUUCUGCUUGCUAAAGGCCUCAGUCACAGCCAGGGUGCCCAUCAUAGAGGACAGUCCUCUAUCGAUACAAAACCAAUGCCUUUAUGUCCUCUAUUUUUCUCUUCAAGAGUAAAAUAGAGGACAUAAAGGCAGCCGGUCUUGUAUCAAUAGAGAACAGAGUAGCAGAAAACUGGACUGUCCUCUAUGACGGCUGCCCUAGUCAUGGCCCUCUAGGGUCAAUGAACUUUGGUGAGCAUUUAGUUAGGUCCCACAGCAGCAUGGGUUGAAGUUUUCAGAGGUUUUUAAGCAUGUCUAACAGAAGCAAGGAGAGCCUCUGAAAAUCAGCCCCCCCCAAUCACCAGAAGUACUUUAAACCAAUCACCCUAAACUAACGCCCCCACCCUUUGAAAAUAGUAGGCGUUAGAUGUCACUUGAAUGCAAUGGGACUGUGAUUCUCAGCUGGGCUCACACCUGCUGGAUGGAUUUCAACUCUUGCACUAUUGUUUUUCAUACUGUAUAAGCAUUUUGCAGCACUGGUACUUUUAUAUUGUGGGAGAUAAUCUAUGUACUUCCUAGAGAAUAAACUUUUUUUAUUACGUUA